CGUGAUGUGUAUGUGUAAGUCGUUCCAACUUUGCUUUGCGGUUGCUUCCCUCAAAUAGACUUUUUAUUGAUAAAAUUAUUGUGCUACUCAUCCGCUCGACCACUAUUUACUGGACGAGUGUUUAGCUAGCAACAACUUUGUCUAAGAUACGUGUAAUUCAUAACAGUUAAGAUGGUGCGUGGUAGAGGUGGAAUUAUAAGGGGGAGAGGUAUGGGACGAGGAAUGGGUUUUCUUCCCAAGCGCCAGUUUAUGCCUCGUCAUCCGUUUGAUUUGACUUUAUGCGAAGUUGCUUUUCCAAAGGUCAAAGCAGCACCUGAUGAAUCUGACUUUACUGCCGCUCUGCUCAAAAAGAACUCUGAUAUGUGUCCUACUCCUAAGGAGCAAACCUCUAUUCUUAAUUUAGUUACUAAGCUUCAAAGUGUUUUAGAUAAUUUAAUUGUAGCCCCUGGAUCAUUUGAAGCCUGUCAACUAGAAGAAGUACGUCAAGUAGGCAGUUUUAAAAUGGGUACCAUGAUCAAAGGACAUAAUGUUGCUGACAUUGUUGUAAUUCUCAAAACCUUGCCAACAAAAACUGCCGUUGAGGCACUUGGUAAUAAGGUUCAAACUGACUUGAAGGUGCAGUCUCCCAAGGAGGCUCUUAGAUUAACACAAACUGAAAGAGGAUUUGAUAUAACAAACAACGAGGCUACUGUUUGUGUUCUAAUAACCACUCUUCAUCAGAAUCUCAGAAAAUUGGAGCCUGAUCAGCAUUUGGAUAUUAAAAUCUGUCAAAGCCACUUGGCAGCAAUUAGACAUUCUCGUUGGUUUGAGGAAAAUGCCCACCAUUCUAGUAUCAAAGUUUUGAUUCGUUUACUAAGAGACUUAAGAAGUAGAUUUGAGGGAUUAGAGCCAUUGACACCAUGGAUGUUGAACCUUUUAGCCCACAAUGCUAUUAUGAAUAAUCCAAGUAGGCAGGCUCUACCAAUUAAUCAGGCUUACAGAAGAGUAUUGCAGCUUCUCUCUUCUGGACUUUUCUUGCCAGGAUCAGCAGGUAUUUCUGAUCCUUGUGAAGGUGGCAGUAUUCGGGUUCACACAGCCAUGGGCUUGGAACAGCAGGAUUUAGUGUGUUUGACGGCACAAACCUUAUUACGAGUAUUGGCACACGGAGGAUACAGACCACUUCUCGAAGGCGGCAACAAAUUGGCAGUAGAGAUGAGCGUCUGGUCAGGUGGAGUAGUCGCAAGUCCACUGGAAAAAGCGUAUGAACCGCCAACGGAACAAGAGCAACAAUGAGAAAUGAAAGAGGUCAACGAGGAGAUGAUCGCUGAAACUACGUAAGUUGUCAUGUAGUUGCGACAGCCCCGUGUAAAAACAAAGAAAAUUUAUAAUUUAUGAUGAAAUGAAC